UUCAACUACACACCAUAUUCCUAUUUCCCUUCUCUCUCUCUCUCUGCACUAACUCCAUUGCUCAUUUGCUCUCUCUCUCUCUUUUCUCCUCCCUUCAAUACAUUCCCCAAAACCCCCCUCACCGCCCUCCGCCCACAGCCUCCACCCUCCGCCUCCCUUUCACACUCAUAUAAUGCACCCACGGCCACGACCGCCGUCACGACCUAGUCAACUCCACGUUCAACACCAUCAAAAUCCUCCACAUAUAAUAAAUCACACUACCUAAUUAAUUUCGCCUCGUGCCACAAACGUAUUAAUCACCACAGCUUUCCCCACACACAAUGGCCGCAACUAAUGCCGCCGCGACGCCGCCGCUGGAGUCGACCUCGGCCCCAUCGGAGGAGCUGGCCGCGAAGGCGGUGAGCAAGCGGUACGAGGGGCUGGUGAUGGUACGGACCAAGGCGAUUAAAGGGAAGGGCGCCUGGUACUGGGCCCACCUGGAGCCCAUUCUCGUCAACAACUCCGACACCGGCCUCCCCAAAGCCGUCAAGCUCCGCUGCUCCCUCUGCGACGCCGUCUUCUCCGCCUCCAACCCCUCCCGCACCGCCUCCGAGCACCUCAAGCGCGGCACCUGCCCCAACUUCGCCUCCGCCCCCAAGCCCAUCUCCUCCCUCCCCCCUUCUUCCGCCUCCGCCACUCUCUCCCCCACCUCCCCUCACCCGCCCCACAACCACCGCAAACGCGCCUCCUCCUCCUCCUCCGGCGGCGGCAACGGCACCUCCUCCGUCAUCCCUCCCCUUGCAAUCGUCGACCCCUCGAGAUUCACAGUGGAUUUAGCCUACCCGCCGCCGAGCACGAGCCUAAUCGUCACCUCCGGCGGCGCAAGCCCCUCCGGCCUGUACGGCCACCAGCAGCAAUUAGUCCUCUCCGGCGGAAAAGAGGAUCUGGGCGCUCUAGCAGUGCUGGAAGACAGCGUGAAGCGCCUCAAGAGCCCCAAAGCCUCUCCCUCGCCGGCAUUGAGCAAGGCCCAGGUCGACUCCGCCCUCGACUCCCUCGCCGAUUGGGUCUACGAAUGCUGCGGCUCCGUCUCCUUCUCCAGCCUCGACCACCCCAAAUUCAAAGCCUUCCUCAAUCAAGUCGGCCUCCCCGCCAUCUCCAAGCCCGACUUCGCCGGCUCCCGAUUAGACGCCAAGUACGACGAGGUCAAGUCCAAAUGCGAGGCCAAAAUCCGCGACGCCAUGUUCUUCCAAAUCGCCUCCGACGGCUGGAAGCCGCACGACUUCACCCGCGAUGGCAAUUUGGUCAAUUUAUCCCUCAAUCUCCCCAACGGCACCAGCGUCUUCCGGAGGGCCGUCUUCACCACCGGCUACGUCCACUCCAAGUACGCCGAGGAGGUCCUCUGGGAUACCAUAACCGACAUUUGCGAUUCCAAUGUGCGUCAAUGCGUGGGCGUCGUUUCCGACAAGUUCAAGGCCAAAGCAUUGGCGAAUCUCGAGAGUCAGCAUCCGUGGAUGGUGAACCUCUGCUGUCAGUAUCAAGGCUUCACUAGUCUGAUCAAGGAUUUAGGGAAAGAGCUUGUCCUGUUCAAGAACGUGGCGAACAACUGCAUGAAGCUCGCGGCUUUCGUCAACAACAAAUCCCAAAUUCGCCACAGCUUUCAGAAAUUCCAGCUGCAGGAAUACGGCCACGCCGGCUUGCUGAGGGUUCCGUUCGAUGCCUCGGAUUUUUGGGCUGUUUACGCGCUCGUUGAGGAUAUUCUGAGCUCUGCUCGUGCCCUGCAUUUGGUGCUGUCGGAUGAGUCCUACAAAAUAGAGGAGCCGAUCGCUAGGGAAGUCGCGGAGACAAUGAGGAAUCCUCACUUCUGGAACGAGUUAGAAGCCGUGCACUCUUUAGUGAAGCUGAUCAAGACAAUGGCUCAAGACAUCGAGACAGAGAAGCCGCGGAUCGGGCAAUGCCUGCCUCUAUGGGAGGAGCUUAAACUCAAAGUGAAGGACUGGUGCUCUAAGUUCAACAUUAUGGUAGCACCCGUGGAGAAGGUGAUCGAAUCGAGGUUCAAGAAGAACUACCAUCCGGCAUGGGCAGCUGCGUUCAUUCUCGACCCGCUCUACUUGAUUAGGGAUGCUAGCGGGAAGUACCUCCCGCCCUUCAAAUGCUUGAGCCACGAGCAGGAGAAGGACGUGGACAAGCUUAUAAUGCGGCUCGUGUCAAGGGAGGAGGCGCACAUUGCGCUCAUGGAGCUGAUGAAGUGGCGGACGGAAGGGCUGGAUCCAGUGUACGCGCAAGCUGUGCAGCUGAAGCAGAGGGAUCCGAGCACGGGGAAGAUGAGGAUUGCCAACCCGCAGAGUAGUAGGCUUGUGUGGGAGGCGCAUUUAACGGAGCUCAAGUCGUUGGGGAAGGUGGCAGUUAGGCUUAUCUUCCUCCAUGCUACGUCGUCGUCUGGCUACAAACGCAACUCGUCGUUGCUGAGAUGGGUGAGUGCUCAUUCGCAUUCGAGGGUGGGGAUGGACAGGGCUCAUAAGUUGAUGUUCAUAUCUGCACAUUCGAAGCGGGAGUUUGGCGAUGAUGGCGACGACAAGGAGAACGAGCUUUUCGGAUUGGCAAAUGGUGAGGACGAUGUGCUCAAUGAGGUUUUUGUUGAUACUUCCUCUGUAAGCAUCUAGUUGACAAAAUGAGAAGAUGAAGAGAGCAAAGGGUGAAUGUGAGGGAUGGCCCACCAAGAGCAAAGCAAAGUGGGAGUCUACUCCAAAUUUUGGUUGUUGGAGAGAAGGCUUUAUUGGAAUCAUGGUUAAGUUUUAAACAUUGGAAAGGUGGUGGUGUUCAUGCAGAUUCGUUGGGUGAUGCCCCCCAUCAUCGCAUAAAGGGGACCCAAAGUUGAUCAAAAUUGUCGACAGUGAUUGCAUAACCAAGAUUUGACUAAUUGUAGAUGCAAACUUAUCAUUAUCCACCAUUUUUCAUGUGCUUCUCUACUUUUCUUUUUUUUUGUGUUUGCUUUGCUUAUUCAUGAAUUAUUAUUAUUCUUCCACUUUCUCAUUUCAUUUGAUUACACCAUCAAUGUAUUGUUAGAAAUCAUGUUUUAAUAUUGUAGUAGGAGUAUCUUGUUUUUCUCUUUACCA